AUGCAAAAGUGUCUCAAGGAUAUUGUCAUUGUCCUGCUGCUGAACUGUUUGCCUAUCUUCAGCACUGAAGUUCAGACACUGAAGCCGAAGCUCUUGCGUAUAAUUCCUUUGUUGACUGAGGAGGAUAAUCAUUUUGACAGUGGAUAUGUUGCCGGGCCGACGGAGAUUUCCUACAUUGUGGCAUUGGAGUUUAGCAAUCAAAGAUCCAGCUGGUUCUGCGCGGGAUCUAUCAUAGCGCAUCGUUGGAUUCUUACAGUUGCCUCCUGUACGAAUCCUGCCAGCAGGGUGAAGAUUAACUUUGGAGCUUCCGAUCGUCAACAGUCAAGCUACCAUGUUCUUGUCUCCAGCAAAUCCUUCUUCGCACAUCCGGACUUCAACAGGUUUUAUCAGCAUGACAUCGCCCUGAUCCAUAUGCCGUACAUAGUCUACUCGAAAAACGUAAAAUUUGUGGCCCUCCCCAGUUCGCGAUCAUUGUUUACUGGUGAAUGGGCCUUAUCGGCCGGUUGGGGGCAGCAUAAAGGCACUCAGAAGCAGAUGAGUAAGUUGCACGUGGUGCAGAUUCAAGUUUUGGCCAAUUCAAACUGCAGUAAAUUGGGAUAUGGCAAGAGAUUCCGUUCAGGCAUGCUCUGUGCCCUACUGCCCAACAUGGAGACGAGCUGCCGGCUCGACUCGGGCAGUCCCAUAGUACUCCAGGCAUCGGACACUCUUAUCGGCAUCGCCUCAUUUGGCAAUCAGAUCGGAUGCAAGUCCCACACUCCGCUGGGAUACACGAGACUCACGGCGUACAUGGAUUGGAUGGCCACCGUGAUGUCGGAGAACGGAUAGGAAAACGAAUUAUCAAAUAAAGUAAAUAAUGCGGACAGA